AUGGUUAUCGUUACAGAUGAGAACGAAAAUUUCGAUUUUACGGGUAUAUUUCCAUCAUGCCUGCAAGAUUAUAAAAGUGCUGAAAGUAGCGUGGGUUAUGAUCUCAUUAAAAGGCCUUUUCGUAAUAUGUGUAUUCUUAUUGAGACAUAUUUCAGAACAAAAGUUUUCGGUUUUUCAAUGGCAUGCGAAAUUCUUAGUCACUAUUUAGAAAAUAUAAAUAAUCUGUUAGUUCAAGAAUAUAAGAAACGGAACUGUAAAUAUUUCAACUACAAGCUAAAGGAGGAACUAAGUCAUUAUAAACUAUCAUGUAUUCGAGAAAAGGAUUGUUACACAAAAAUGAUAAGUAUAAUUUUUGGAAAUACUAAGAUGUCUGAUGUAUGUCAAAUUCACAUUGAUGAUCUUGAUGAUGCUAUAUUUUCCAAUUUUCAAAACCUAAAUUGGUUAUAUACCUACCAAGAAAAACUACAAGAAGAUAUGGAUAAAUGCCCUUCCUCUAAUGAAUAUAUUAAACGUUUUAUAGAAAUAUCUAACUUAUGUCCAGAAGGGAAUAAUAGUAGCUUUUGUAAAGAAGUGAAAAAAUUUAAGGAUGAAUAUAUGAAAGGUGCAAAAUAUGAAAAUGCGUGCUCUGUAGUUCCAAAAAUAUUAUAUAAAUCUGAUAAGAGAGAUAUUCGUAUGGUUAUUUUAAUUGUAUCUAUUUUAACUUUCACAGUAUUAAUAAUUAUAUUCGUUAUAUAUAAAUAUACCCCUUAUGGCUCAUAUGUAAAGCCACGCAUACUGAAGCUAAAGAAAAUAUGGAAUAACAAAAAUAAAGAGCAAUCUAUUUUAAUGAACUCAUUUGAAGAAACAUACAAAAAUAUAACUGACGAAAAUUAUCUAAUAUCAUAUAAAUCUUUAGACUACUAA